AUGGAUUUCCCCUCGAAUUCCUUUUCAUUAUCUCACCGAAACUUUUCUGAUUCCAACAAUUCUCAAGAAUACUUUAUCCGAAAUCAAAAUUUCAUUAGGAACAAUUUAUCUGACAGUUUUCUCUCCAGAAACAAGAGUCCAUUUAGUAUUCAUCACAAAACUUUUAACACAGACCCUGUCGAUUCUUUAAACUUUGGAAGGAUGGUUCCUACUAGAACUGAUGGUUUCCGUUCUAUGCAUGGCCUCAUAGAAAUGAAUAAUCUAAUGCAUGACUUCCUCAACAAAUCACUGAACAUGAAUGGCUGCCUAUCCAUGGAAGAGGAACUUUCCUUAAUCGAGAACAUAAAUAAUCAACAAAAAGCUCUGAUGAAUGUUUCAGAAAACCUGUCAUUCCUAGAACUACUGGAUGAAACAAAUAAUAGUUUCAAAGAAAAGAUGAAGAUUUAUAAAUAA